UGUUCUAACACCUUGGCUCCAUAAUAUCUCCACCAAACCCCUCUAGGUUCACUGCUUCUCUGUUUCAAGCUUCCAAAUUCUAACAAAAUUUUUGGAUUUUGUGUGCUGUUUCUGCGAAACACUCAAAACCUCAAAUUCUUCCGGGGUUAAAAAAUUCCAGUCUUUUAGCCUUCUAGGUGUGUCCUGUUUUCUUCUCUGGCUGGCAACAGUUGCAAUACUAGCCAUACAUCUUUUUGCUUCUUUUUCUAGCUCUUCCUAGUUUUAGGUAAUACCAGUCAAGUAAUUGGGGAGUUUAGUAUAUUAAUAAGUAACAACAAACUUGAGUGUUUUGAGGAGAAUGAUUUUGUUGCACACAAGUUGCAUCCUCUGGAAGUUCUGUUUGGUUUUGGAAAAACUUAGUGUUGAGAAAAGCUUCUAUUUCUGGAUAUUCCAAAUUUUCAAUAGGUACGGUGUUGGCUUCACCAUGCUUAUUCUUUCAAAGAGGUAGCUUUUUCUUGUUCUUCCUCUUUCCCUUUUUGUUUUCUUUGGGGAGGAUUUUGAUUGUUUUUAGGUGCCAAAAAUGAGUUUGUCUCUGCCUCCUGGUUUCCGUUUCCAUCCCACGGAUGAUGAGUUGGUGGGAUACUACUUGAAGAAGAAAGUGGAUGGGAUUAAGUUUGACCUUGAGGUUAUUCCACUGAUCGAGUUAUAUAAGUUUGACCCGUGGGAGUUGCCAGACAAAUCAUUCCUGCCAAAAAGAGACAUGGAGUGGUUUUUCUUUUGCCCACGAGAUCGUAAGUACCCGAAUGGUUCACGCACUAACAGAGCUACAGCAUCAGGCUAUUGGAAAGCCACUGGUAGAGACAGAAAAAUUAUCUGUGAGUCUUCUGUGCACGGGCUCAGGAAAACCCUUGUUUUUUAUCGUGGAAGGGCUCCUGGUGGAGAAAGAACUGACUGGGUGAUGCAUGAAUAUCGUCUUUGUGAAUAUCGUUCUGAUGGAUCUUCCAAUUUUGUGGGAGCUUUUUCUUUGUGCCACAUAGUGAAGAGACAUGAUCAUGGGCAGAAAAUAGGUGACCUCCAAGGAGAAUCCAGAGCUAGAAAAGGUCACUCUUCUGCCAUGACAGAUUUCAGCCCAAAAAUGUGCUUCAGCAAUGUCUUGAGUACCUCAGAAGAAAAUCAAUCUGUAGUAAUAGAUCUGAACAGAAGCAAUGGUUCAACUCGAAGCAAUUCCCUGGAAAACUUAAGGGGGAAUGAACUACAUCAAAUUAUGAUUGAUUCUGAUCAGACAGACCUCUGCAGAUCACGAGUUGUUUCAGAUGCCUCAAAGGUUUCUUCACCAAAGGAAGGCAUUUCUGAAUCAAUGAUUACAAAUGUGUUUCCUAGUUCAAUAGAAAUCUGCACACCUUGUAAUCCUUCUCCUUUCUCAUCCUGUGAAAACUUCAGAGAGGAAGCUUACAUGAUUGAUGAGCUUAAUGGUCAUGGAUGCUCUUCAUCUUGUCCGAGUCCUGUAUACUGCAUGGACAUGUUCAGCAGUGUGGAAGACAUCACAUUGCAGAGUCUCGAGUGGGAUACACCAAAAUAUAUGAAUGCAUCAUCAAGUGUUGCAGGAAUCGAAACCUGGAAUCCAGUGUUCCCCCCUCCAAUUUGUAGGCAGGCAAGCGUAGGAGAGGAAGUCAACCUGUGGUUUCAGGAUGACAGUAUGGUCAUUGUGAAUUAAAAGUUGUCUCUAGAUGGAGGCUACAAGACUCCAGCUGGCCUUAGUUAUAGUAAGAGGCUGUUAAGAAAUAUCUGUUAUAGAUAAUUACAUGUCAUAGUUUGUUAUGUGUUUGCAGGAUCUCUGAGGCAACGUCUUUUAGUAUUUGCCCUCAAACAUAUUAUGACAGUUCCUACGUAAGUAUAUCAACAAUCUGAUCUCCAGAACAACCCCAUUUAAUGUCUGUGGCUGGAGACCAAUAAAUUAAAGUUUGAGAUUAUCUACGAGAUGAUGCCACCACUACAUUGAUGUCAUCAUUAUUGAUUUUCAAGAUGUUUCUUAGGCAAAAGACUUGUGUAAUAUGUACUGUAAGGUUUGCCAGUAACUUCUAUUAUUGUAUCAACAAUAAAGAGUACUUUCAAGGUGUAAUGAGUACCACUAAGAACUCUCUUUCUGUACAUUUAUUGUUUUGAGAAAUCUGUAGUGUAAAAGCUUUCUAUCAUUCUCAGAGA